GGCCUUUCUCCGGCGAAAGACAAGCCGAAGUUGAGCCUAUCGGUACUGGUUGAGAUUAUUCUCCGGCGGAGACAAUGGAAUCUUCCGUCGCUCCGUUUCCUCACCGACGCACGCAUCUGCCGAAUCGAAAUUAUCGCUCUUUGCUUUAUCACUUUUGCUCGAGUUUCGAUCGGGAGCCUCAAAUUUCUCUUGCCACACCGGCAGUUCUCCAGGAGCUGGUCUUACGAACAGAAAUUGCUCAAGAGUCUCCGGGAGAAACUUGCGAACCGCCGGAGAAUUUAUCAAUUACGGAAUCAAAACUCAAUGGAGUGUCUGGUGAUUCAAGUGGUGAGAAGGUGGAAACAAUUUCACAGGAAAAGAGUUUGAUGCUUGGAGAUAUUUGUGAUGGAAUUGACUUGCAAGAUGCAUCUGUUGUUAGUAGACACACAGAUUUUUUCGAUAGCUUUGAGCUUAUGAUUAAUGAAACUCAAGAUUCUGUUCCAGAAAGUUGUGUGAAUCUCUUUGAGGCAUUGGAUGUGAAUGACUAUGACAUUGUCCAAAAUGUCCUGGAGAAGCCUAAUAUUGCAACUCAAGUUCAAGUAGAUCCAGUUGAAAGUGAGAAAAAGGCAGAGGAGGUUCCUAAAUCUGUUGAAUCUAAUGAGGUUAUAAGUUCUGGAGUUUUGGAAGCUUGUAAUGGAACAGUUCAAAGAGAGAUGGAAUUAGAGAAACCUGUUGAUAAUAGUCCGGUUUUGGUAGAUUCUGUGUCUCGGAUAGUUGGAGGUGAUGAUGUAGAAGAAGGAGAGAUAUCAGGGGAUGAUAAUGAUGAUAUGCUUGUAGAAGAUGAUGAAACAGUCGAAAGACAUGAGGAGUAUCAGGUCUCACAAGAUGGAACUGGUAAUAGCCAUCUCACUAGUCAUAAGAGUUUUGGUGUUGAGGUAAUGAAUGUAGAUAAUCAAGCCAAGAAGAUUGAUCAAACUUUCAGUAACGAAGCAAAGAUGGAUCCUGGAACCUCCAUCAAAAAAAGGUCUGCGCCUUCUAAGGAUGCAAAAGCCAGAAAGAGGGCAAAAGCUAGGAUAAAAAGAGCUCAAGAGCGUAUAGCCCUUGGCGUGAAAAAGCUGAAACUGAAACCAGUAGCUCCAAAACCAAAGCCUAUCAAGUAUUGUCGACACUAUCUCAAGGGGCGGUGCCAUGAGGGAGAUAAAUGCAAAUUUUCACAUGAUACAAUACCGGAAACCAAAUGUUCGCCUUGCUGCUACUUUGCAACCCAGUCAUGUAUGAAAGGAGAUGAUUGUCCUUUCGACCAUGAUCUCUCCAAAUACCCUUGCAAUAAUUUCAUUACUAAAGGUUUCUGCUACAGGGGUGAUAGUUGUUUGUUUUCGCAUAAGGGUACUCCACAAUCUGCUUCAGACACGCCGAGUGCAAAUGUAACAGUCUCGUCUACUAAGAUCACUGCAGCGUCUUUCUCGCCUCAGAAAACAAAAAAACAAUCCGUGAGAGAUGCCAUAGCCAAAUUACCGGCGAUCCAAGCAAGAGUUUCAAGCUCUGUUGCGUUUUUGAAGCCCUCAAGUCAUUCUAACCAACGAAACUCAUCUGAUGCAUCAUCUUCAAAGAUCAAUGAACAUGUAACGCCUCCACAGGUUCCUCCUUUGAGAAAACCAUCCGUUGCUCCAAAGGGUAUGAGUUUUCUCUCUUUAGACAAAACCUCACAAGAGGAUACGGUGAAAGCGUCUUCUGCGUCCAAGCCAAACACAGACAACUCUGAUAGUCAGACAUUGAAGCAGUCACAACAGGGAAGCUUUCUCCCUCUGGGGCCUCCAAAAGGAAUAAGUUUCUUAUCAUUUGCAUCAGAAGAACAAAAAACUCUGAAUCGAGAGCCUCAAAAACCAGCAAGUAGUAAAAAUCUCAAGACUACGCCUAGCUCACACAUUCAAAGUUCUCUACUCUCAGCCAUGAAACUCGCUGCAGAAUUCGAAUCCGCUAAAGUUGAACGAGGCAACAAUGAUCCAACAGAAGCUGUAAAUAAGAGCAAUGUUACUGUUGACACGGCUGUAACCAGAAACUCAGGGAACAUAUCUUCCAAGAUUCUCGAGUUCUUGUCGAGCUUCAGCCACGGCAAAAACUGAUCUUAAUUUGGUUUUUGAGAUAAAAGUUAUACUUCAUGUAGAUGAAACAGAGCAUCAAUAUUUAAAGCUAUUGAUCUCUCGUAAAAUUUCACGGGAGUGAUAACUUUGAUGUAGAUAAUUAUUGUAUUGGUCUAUGAAUAAGGUUUAUUCGGUUGAAUAAUCUCAAAAGUCUGAAGAAAUCCAAGUUUUGCUCAAUUUGUUUUCGAUGAUCCAAUCAGAUCAGUUUAGUGUAAGACUUGAAACUGUUAUUUUUGGCUUAUUUAUCCAUUUGUAAGGAUAAAAAUAGCUACG